AUGGCCUUCGACGGCGUCAUCGUCGCGCUCUCCGUUGCCGACAUCCUGAACGACGUAGCUUCGGGCGCAGAUGGCGGCGGUUCUGCUAUCACGGCCCUGCGAGCGUUCCGCAUGCUGCGCAUCUUCAAGCUGGCCAAGAAGUUUCCCAGCAUGAAGAUCCUCCUAAGCGCGGGCGUCAAGACGCUGAUGAGCAUGGGAGACUUCGUGGCACUGCUCUUCUUGAUCCUCUGCGUCUUUGCGCUGAUGGCCCAGAGCUUCUUUGGGGGCACCUUCAUGUUCGAUCCGGAGGAUGGUAGCCUGGUGGCACAACAGGACUACCGAGCUCGCUGUCCUAUGGGCCCUGGAGACAAGCCUGUGUGCGUUCCCAGGGCGCACUUCGACACCUUCCUUUGGAGCUUCAUCACCAUCUUCCAGAUCCUCACAGGCGAGAACUGGAAUACCGUGAUGUACGACGGAAUGAGGGCAACGGGCUGGAUGGCUCUUUGGUUCUUCCUGCUGGUGGUCAUUUUCGGGAACUUCGUGAUCCUGAACCUCUUCUUGGCCAUCCUCAUGAGCAACUUCGACGAGCAACGCUCGAAGCUGCAUGCUGCCCUGGCCAGCAAGCGGACGCUCCUGAGGGCCAUGGAGACGGAGUCGGAUCUGGAGGGGGAGGUCAUCGCUCCAGAAGACGAGAACCCCGCAGGCCCGCGCCUGGCCUGGGAGGCCCCAGAAAGCCCCAAUGGGCCGAUGUCCGUUGUGCCAGGAUCUCCACGGCCCCAUGCUACGCCGCGCUCGGCCACGCGCCGGACACGGAUGUCAGCCUUGACCGCACGUUUUGACAUGCAGGAGAGGGAGACGGCGUGCGCUACUCGUUGCGGGGACCGCUCCUGCUUGGUCUUCUCGAGGGAGAACGAGCUGCGCAAAGCCUGCCUCUCCUUGAUCAAGCAUCCACGCUUCGACCAAGUCAUCAUAGUCUUCAUCGCCCUCUCUUCCGUGCUCAUGGCCUUCGAGAAUCCGCUGCUGGACCCAAGCAGCUUGCAGGUCCAGGUUCUGGAGGUGCUUAGCACAGUCUUCACAUGCAUCUUCGCCUUCGAGCUGGUGGUGAAGAUGAUCGCCCUUGGAGUCGUUUGCAACCCGGACCCUGACACCCGGGCUUACCUGCGCUCCUUUGAAAACUGCAUGGACUUUGUAAUUGUCAUCGUGUCAGUGCUGGACGCCAUACAGACCUGGUUCUUGCGGGGCACCAACGGCGGAGUCAUUGCAGUGAUGAAGAUCUUCCGUGUGGUGAGGAUGCUCCGGCCCCUGCGGCUCAUCUCCCGGAACAAGAACCUGAAGGUGGUAGUGAAGACCAUCCUGGCAUCGGUGCCUGAGCUUCGAAACCUCCUCGUUUUCAGCUCAAUCUUCUUCCUCAUCUUUGGCCUGCCGGGCCCCUGGGUGACGGGGUGA